AUGUCCUACCUGACGCUAAGGCCAUGGAUGCGUCGAAACGCGAUCGACAAAGAUGGAAGGCUUUGGUACGAGGAGUGCAUCUCGGCCAGAUUCAUUCGGCCCGUUGAAGAGGCCGUGAGGGGGGCCCUGAAGAACGCAGAUUGGGACCCCCUCCUCCCCAAGGGCGGCAAAGGGAAGAAGGCCCCGGCCGCGCCUUCUCGACCAAGUACGUCGGCCGCGGCCGUACCUAGGGUGGCGGUCGCCCCUUCGGUCAGAGCAGCGGUCGUGACUUCAACCUCCAGAACGCCGGCUGUGGUGGGGCCGCGAAAGACAUUGGCGCAUAGGACAGUGCCAUCUUCCCCGCCGGCUCGACCACAGCUCCAACCUCCAGAACGCCGGCUGUGCCCCGGGUCGCAAGAGGGGUCGAGAGGCCUCAAGCACCGGGGCCGCAGUGCGGCGUUAGAAUGGCCAAGGAAAAGGGUCCUGCUUGAUCUUUUGGAGGGCGAGGACGAGGAGGAAGUCCCUUUGGUGGCUGUGAGUGAAGCCCCUCCCGUGACCGGCGAGGAAGAGGUCGAGAAGGAGGCUGCUACCGAGGCGCCGGGUGUCGAGGAGGCGGCUGACCCCGAGGAGUUAGUUGACAAGGAGGUGGCUGAGGAGGUGGCCACUGCCGAGGAUACCGAAACGCUAGGUGCCGAAGAAGUGCCAGCUACUGAGGAGCCUGCCGCAGAUAUGCCAGAUGAUGAACUUCCUGCCGUAGAAAUGACGCGGGCCACCCUGGGGGAAGUUCCUUCUGCCGCCCCUAUUGUGUCUUCCACUCCCCGUCGCCCAACUGGCAUCGUGUUUCGCUCGGUCAGCCUCCCCGGUCGUCGCUGUCGUUAUCCGCGGCCGUUAUGA